AUGACCCCUAAUAUCCUAAAACUUGUUCAGGCCUUCCGGAAGCAAGUUGCAAGCACUAGAUCACUUGACUUUUGCAGGUGGUCGAAUUUCCUGGCCUUCGACGUGAUCGGAGACUACUCGUUCGGCGCCCCAUUUGGGUUUCUAGAAUCUGGAAAAGACAACUACAAUCUGAUUCACACCGUUGACACGCGUGGUGAGGUCCUCAACGCCUUGGGCCAUCUACCCCUGUGGGUCAGACCCUACAUGAAGUAUUUUCGAUUAGAUCCGUUCUGGUAUAAUGGGUUGCGGUCCACGGCCAAUUUGGAAUCAAUAGGGAGAGCGGCUUUCGGGAAACGGAGGGGAGAGUCUACAUCACGCAAAGAUCUGAUGAGUUUCUUAUUGACGGCGAAGGACUCUGACACAGGUAGAACUCUGCCUCCUGAGGAGAUUGUGGCAGAAGCAAUCAGUUUUAUUGUAGGAGGCAGUGAUACGACAAGCAGCACAAUGUCCAAUUUCAUGGACUUUUUAUCAAGGGAUACGAAGUUGCAGCAUGAUAUCUACGCCGAGCUGUGUCAAGCUUUUCCAGGCCCACUAGACGAUUCUUGGGUUGCGCCAGAGAGUGUUGCUGGAAAGCUUAAACUUCUCAACGCUGUUUUGAAAGAGGUGAUGCGCUUAAGGCCGACUAGCUCUACAGGACUGGAACGAGUGGUUCCAGAGGGUGGCAGGACCAUUGCUGGCAAGUACCUGCCAUCUGGGACUUUGGCCAGCGUGCCAACUAUAGCUAUCCACCACCAUCCUGAAAUCUUUCAAAACCCAGAAAUAUUCGAUCCCCAACGGUGGUUGGGCCUAGAUGCGGCGGCUCUAAAUGACUACUUUGUGCCAUUUUCAGUUGGGCCACGUGCUUGUGUAGGUAGGAACUUUGCAUGGAUGGAGAUGUCGAAAACACUAGCUACACUUUUUCGACUCUUCACAUUUAAGCGUUUGACGACAGGGCCGUCGGAGACGCGGGAAGGAUUUUUUGUCAAGAUUGCCGAAUGCCAUGUGAGUGUAGGACUCAGAGAAGGAGCCGGAAAUAUUCAGGAUUAG